UCUAAGUCAAGAACCCAAAUAACGUGUCUAGUAAGGCAUUUCUUAGAGCGAAGACCUUAGGAAGUAACGACGAGACUGACUCCUUCUCACUCACCAUGUGCAGAGAGGGGAAGAGGACACAUCCAUCAAGAGGAGGUUACCCGAGGAGAGCAGCCGCGACAAACCUAAAGAUGUCAACUGGAUCUGGGUAACGAAUGAGACCUCCCAUUAUAUCUGUCUUUUGUUUCAUGUCUUAAUGAGUAUACUGGGAAACUCAAGGAUUGUGUUUUAUGUUUUGUUUAUCAGGAUUGAGGUCAUGCAAGUGUUUCUGGCAUUUCACUUGAGAAUCUUAAAAAUUGUUGUUGUUGAUUUUUGGUUUUGACUUGUAAACCUGUUUUGGGUUGCUCUAGAGUAACCGGUUUGUAGUUUGAGUUAUGGGUUGGUUUUCAAAAAGGAUCGGGUCGUUUCAUGCAGUCUCCCAUUCAGGCUCAUGAGGAUGCUGAUGUUCGCGUUCUACUAUAUCUCAAGGGUUCUCCAGGUCGUGGCCUCUACUUUUCUGCCUCGACACCCCUUGUUUUAACUGGUUUUUGUGAUGCGGACUGGGGUGGCUGUCCCACCACUCGUCGUUCCACGACGGGCUUCUUCAUUACUCUUGGUGACUCACCCAUUUCUUGGCGCACCAAGAAACAGACAGUGGUCGUCCGUUCUUCCGCUGAGGCUGAGUAGAGGGCGAUGGCGAGUGCUGUUAAUGAGCUUCUCUGGUUACGGUGGCUCCUCCUCUAUUUGGGUGUUCCAUCCUUGCGCGGUUAUACAAAGCACUAAAAGGGAGGAACGUUUGGCUCUUGAGUGGUUAUACAAAGCACUAAGUAUGUGUAUAAUAUAUAUUAGAUAUAUGGUUAAUUACUUAACUGAUAAAUUUUUUUUGAUUGGUUAAAAGUAUAUGAAACCAUACCAAACCACUUAAACCAACACAAGCUAAGUUUUUUGACCAAACCAAUUAUUCAUAUUAACCAAACCAAAUUAUCCAAAUAUUACCGGUUAAUACUGUAAUCAUUUCGUUUGAACACCCCAAGUACUUGUAUCUAGGGGUGGGCAUCGCUCGAUUCGGUCCAAGACCGGACCAAACUAUCCUCGGACCGGACCAAAAUUUCUUCUAAAUCAAGGACCAAAGUCGAAUCAUUAUUAAUUCGAUUCGGUCCGGAUCAAACCAUAUAUGGCUCGAUUCGGUCUGGACCAUCCCAUUGAACCGACUAAUCUUUCAUUCGAAUAAAAUCAUUCUGAAAAG